UCAACUAAUAAGAUAUUUCUCCAUCAUCACCGUCCGUUAUAAUUACUUUAUUUCUUAAUUCAAUGCAAUGGCAGGUAGAUAAUUGAUAUUAUCAUAAUAUUCCUCGCUUCUAAUGUAAUCUCAAAUUUCGGUUAAGAUUAGUUGUCUUUCUCGAUUCCCAUUUUCCUUCUUCCCUCUAAAUUUCCCCCCCUUUCUCUCGUUCUCUCUCCCUCGAAACCCCUUUCGAUUUCAAAUUCUCUGCUGGAAAUGGAGAUGGCAAUGGAGGAUUCGCUCUCGCAUGAGGUUCUCUCUAUGGAUCUUCAGGCGUUCCCCGGAGAUGGAAGAGCCCGGCGAUUACCCAAUAAUUUAAUACCGUGUACGAUCCGAAUAUGUGCUUUGGCAGUGGCCUGCUAAGGUUCUAUCUCCAAGGUUUCUGUGUUUAUUUUUCCCAUAGGUAUUUCGUUGUUCGCUGUUCCUGCCUACUCCUGAUUCCGACUGUUGGAUAAUUCCUUCACUAGUUCUCGGUUUAUUCGUUUCUGAAUUGAUACUGUUCGUCUGAUUAUGUUUGUGUAAACUUGGAUAUUAGUAACUACCGUGUCGACAGGAAGUGUGCUUUUGCAGAAUUUAGAAUUUCUUUAAUUAUAUCGUGGAACUUGGAUUCCCUAGGGUUUAGAACCCGGCAUACAAUUUCACUUGUCUGUAACAGUAAUCUCGAAAUUACUUUAGGCUUGAGUGAAAUUGUUGCUGGAUUUGCAUCUUCUUCAGUGUGCCUUGGGUCUUGAGGUUUGAAUGUGAACUUUUGGUCGGGAAGUUUGAAUGGCUGGAAAGUUGGAAUUAGGGUUUCCAAAGGCUAGUGCUUGUAGUCUAAGGGAGCAACUCGCUAGGAAGAUAUUACAUACUGUGAGAUCCCAAGGGCAUCCUUAUGUUGACCUACGUGAAAAUGGGAAAAAAUUCAUAUAUUUCUGCACCCUUUGUCUUGCUCCCUGUUACAGUGAUACUGCACUGUUUGAUCACUUGAAAGGUAAUCUUCACAUGGAGAGGCUAUCUACUGCUAAAGUUACCCUUCUAGGACCUAAUCCGUGGCCUUUUAAUGAUGGCAUUGUCUUCUUUGACACCUCAAUUAAAAAUGAUGACGACUUGCCAAAUACGAAUUCUAAGCAAAAGAGACUGUUGGAAUAUACUAACAACGACAACAAUCUUGCUAUUGUGAAGUUUGGUGAAAAUCUGAAUUCCUGUGAUGACAAUCAUGCUGAGGUUGAUGAAGUUAAUUGUGGCAUAAAGUACUUAGAGUCAGGUGCAGUUCAUUCAGAUCUUCAACUAAGUUCAACCAAUGAUGCAGUGAAUGAGGAUUGCACUCUUGUGAUUCCUCAUGCACUGAUUGGCGACAAAACUUCUGACUUACAAGCUAGAGAGGUUGGUUUGGCCAAGAUUGCUGCAAGGUUCUUUGAGAAGGAUGGUGGUUUGAAUGGGAUUAGAAGAAUAUGGUGUGAAUGGUUAGGAAAAGAUACUGAUGGUCAUCUAGUUGGUUCUGUGGUUCCAGAGCACAAUUUUGCUAUAAUUAUUUUCUCUUACCAUUCUGAUUUGGGUCGGAAUGGAUCACUAGAAGAGUUAAAGUCCUUGUUACCAUCUACUUCUAUGACAGAACCAGAGAAUGAGAGCAGCAGCAGUCAAAAGAGAAAGAAAUCAUUUUCUGAUCCUGAGGAUAUUAGUGAUUCUUUGAGCAAUCAGUAUGAUUCAUCAGUGGAAGACUCUUCAGCUUCUAACAGUGCCACCUCAAGAUUGGCCCUGGGUCAAAUUGACAAUCAACUUCUCCAAACCAGGUUCAUUUCAAGCAAGGCUUUAAGGAAAGAAUUGAGACGGCAGCAGCGAUUAGCGGCAGAGAAAAUGUGUGAUAUCUGUAAACAAAAAAUGCUUCCUGGUAAAGAUGUAGCAACACUUUUUAAUUCGAAGACCAGGAGACUAGCUUGCAGUAGUCGGAAUAGCACUGGGGCGUUUCACUUGUUUCAUGCAUCCUGCCUUGUACACUGGAUACUGAUGUGUGAAUUUGACAUGAUCACCAGUCGUGUUGCCUUUCCAAAAGUCAGAAGAAAAACCAAGAGAAAGAUGGGAGCAAAUGUUAAUCAAAAUGGAAAAGACUAUGAUAUGAAAGCUGCUAGAGGGAAAAUAAAUUCUGUGUUCUGUCCAGAGUGCCAGGGUACAGGUAUCAUCAUUGAGGGGGAUCAAGUGGAGCAUGCACCUUUUUCUUUGUCUGAGAUGUUCAAAUUAAAAAUAAAGGCAUGUGAUGCACGUAGAGAAUGGAUAAAAAGUCCUGAACUUUUGCAGAAUUGCUCGACUGGAUUUCACUUUCCUGCACAAUCUGAGGAAAUAGGCCAGGAAAAAGUGAAGCCCAUAAAAUUGCUGCACUUCUAUCGUGCUGAUGAGAGAAGUUAGACACAGAAACACGAUAGCCGUGGAAUCUUAGCAAUCGGCAUUUUCAAAUCUAUCCCACAUGAUCCAUGACCCAUAAUAUGUUGUACAUCUUUGCACAUAGUGUAUUUCUUAAAAACUAUGAUUAGCUCUUUGGAUAGAUGUAGCCAUUUAGGUAGGUGGAUGGGUUGGAGGCUCACCUUACCUGACGAGACAAUGUGUAUACCUGUUGGCUUGUUGCUAACGAGAAUGCAUGUAUCAUUGUGUAUGUUGCUGACUUCCAUGUACAUGGUAAAGCAAAGGGCAAAAUAUCAUUGACCUUGCAGUGUACUGGAGUCUUAUUAUAAUUAGUACUUUCUGUGACUUUCUGGCCAGUCAUUAUUGGAUACUUGGGCAAUAUGUGCCCCUGCAGCAGAAA